AUGUUUCAGCGCCUUCGCGACGCCAUCGACUCUCGCAUCGCAGAGGAACAAGCCCGUCAGAAAUCCGCCCAAGAAAGUAUCGAGCGCUCCAACUCCGCUCGCCGUCCGCCCGGACGAAACCAAUCCCCGAGUCGGCGCUCCCUUCCAAGACGCAGCACCGGCACCCCCGUUCGAGGACCUGACCCCAAGGAGUUUGAGGCUGAAUUUACCAUCGGCGACGACGAUGAAUCCAGUAGAUCCGGGACUCCUCAAACCGAUACACCAGAGGCUACCUCCGAAGUAAAGACCUCCGAAGAGGGAGAGGGCGAAAUGGCCCAAAGCAAGCCGGCGGAAACGGCCGAGAAAGAGAAAGGACAGGAGACAGAGGGGAAGGAGGCCCCAGCUGUGCUUCCACCCGAUGUUCGCGCCAAACUCCGACGGCUUGAUAAGCUGGAGUCCCGAUAUCAUGAAUUGCUCAAGGCUUACCGUACCGCUCACUCACGCGUCCUAUCCAUUGAACCCUUCGAAGCUGCCCUGCGCGAGAAUACCCCGCUUACAUCGAUUGGCGAACCUAAAGCUUUUACGGAGUACCUCAACCAGUCAACCUUGAAAAGCGACAUGGUUAUGGAAGAGCUGAAGCGUGUUACCGAAGAACGGGAAGAUUUCAGAAAGAAAUUCGAAGAAGCACAACAGGCUACCAAGGAGGCUUUGGAUGAGGUUACUGGCCUUAAAAAGGAGAGACACCACACCGAUACACCCAAGGGGACAGAUGGAACCGAGGAGCAGGCCAGUGAAGAGUUCUUCUCGUUCGAUAAUGAGGUUCCCCGAUUGGAAGGUGAACUGAAGGAAAAACAGGAAGAGGUCGAGAACCUUAAGACAGAGGUGGAAAAGCUAAAACGCGACAUGUCUGUCACCCGCGAGUCGACUGAAGGCAUGGUGCAGAACUUGGAGACAGCCACCCGUGAGCUUGUCGAGCUGCGUGAAACCAAGGACAACCUAGAUGCCGAGGUCAAGACCCUGCAAAGCUCCAAGAAGGCUGAACUUGACGACCUAGAGGCAAAACUAGCAACCGCGGAAUCCUCUCUCAAAUCGACCACAUCCGAGGUUGAGAAGCUCAAGUCGCAGCUCAAGGAGAAGAGCGAGGAAAUUGACAAGCUCCAGAAAGAAGCUUCCGAAAAAGCUGAACCUGAUUCGGACCUGGCUGCUCAGUUGGAGACUACCAAGGAGGAAAAGAAAUCCAACGAAAAAAAGCUCGUUGUGCUCCAAGGCUUAGUGGACGGUCUCCGGUCUCAACUUCAGGACACCGAAUCUACCGUUUUGGAAUUGAAGAGUGAGAUCGACGAGAAAUGUAAAGAUUCUGCCAAACUCCAAGACAUUUUCGAAUUUGUGGAUGGGAACUUGAAAGAAAACGCGAUGUGGGUCUCUGCUAAGGAGAAAGUCUUAGCUGGAGAGGUGGCCGAUUUCAGUGAGGUCGUCAAGACUCUGGCACCGGUCAAGGAGGAACCCACGCCCAGUGUCCCUGCUCCAGCUCCAGCUCCUAACGAAGAUGAAACACAGCCUGCCCAAGCGAUUGGUGGUGGUAGUGGAGGGAAGAAGAAGAACAAGAAGAAGAAGAAGGGUAACAAGGUGGAGGAAUCUUCUAAGCCGGCUGAUGCAGCUCCUGCGGAGCAAUCGCUCCCAGAGGCGCCUGCGACAGCUUCCAAAGAGCUGGAUGAACUCAAGCAAAAGAUUGAAACCCUCACCCAGCAAUUGUCCGAGAAGGAAGCCGCUAUUGAACGUCUCAGUUCCAAGUUGAAAGGCGAGGACAAUUACAAGGAGGAGAUUGAGUCCCUGCGCGAUGACCUUGUCAAUAUCGGCCAGGAGCAUGUGGCAGCCAAGGACAAGAUCAAGGAGCUAUCAGCAGAAAAGUCUUCUCUUGAAGAAACUAUCAACAAACUCGAGAAGGAAUUGGUGGAACUUCGCACCAGCAACGCUUCGACCUCAGCUGAUUCAGAGAAGAUGCACAACUCGCUCAAAGAGGAAUUCGAUAACCUCAAGGUCCGCUCCGCUACCUUGGAGACUGAUCUUUCCGCCGCCCAGCAGCUGGCUGCCACUCGGUUCAAAGACCUGACAGACCUUCGCGAAACUCUUCAGAAAAUUCAACCCGAGCUGCGUAGCCUACGUGCCGAGUCUUCGGAGCUGAAAACCCUAAAGGAAACUCUCACCAGCAAGGAUUCCGACUUGAAGACCCUUGAGGGCAAGCAUGAGGAUUUGCGUGCUGAGCUGAAGGCCUCCAAGUCGAAGAUCUCAGAACGUGACACAGAAGUGAGCACUCUCAACAAGAAGAUCCGACAAGAGACCGACAGCCGAUUGAAGGCCGAGGAGAACCUUACUGUUGCCCAAUCCAACCUGCGCUCUGCCGAAAGCAAAAAACAAGAUGCCAUCAAUGCCAGAGACAAAACUACUGGCGAUCUCUCCAAGGCCCAGGACGCGUUGAAGAGUACUCGCGCGAAGAUGCGGGAGAUGGAUGAACAGAUUUCUCAGCUGAACAAGGAACUUGGAAGCCUUCGAGAUGAGAUCCAGCUAAAGACAGCUCAGCACAGCAGCGCCCAGAGCUUGAUGAACAGCAUGCGGGACCAGACCACGGAAGUUGCAAUGCAAAUGAAGGAGGCCCGUGAGCGCUGCGAGAGCUUGGAUGAAGAAUUGGCUGAUGCUCACCGUCUGCUGAGCGAGCGAACCCGCGAAGGCGAGACCAUGCGCCGUCUGCUCAAUGACAUUGAGGGUCGUUCGGAGUCGAAGGUGCGAGACUUCAAGGAACGCAUGGAGGCUGCUAUCGAAGAGCGAGACCGUGUCGAAGAUGAGGCCAGCACCCUAGGUCGACGCCGCGCUCGCGAGGUGGAAGAACUCAAGGGUAAGGUCCGCGAAGCUGAGCGCGCUCUCCGCACGGCAGAACAGGAUAAAGAGGAGCUUGAACAGUCGCAAAAGGAGUGGCGCCGCCGUCGUGAUGAGCUCGAAUCUGUAUCUGAAAAGUCAUCUCAGGAAGUGACUGAGAUUCGACAAGCCAUGGCUGGUCUGCGCGAUGCCCUCGACGAAAGCGAGAAGCAAGUUCGCGACCUCGAAAAGGACAAGGCGGAACUUCGUCGCUCGGUGGAAGAGACAAACAGCAGACUGGAGAAGCUUCGAAGAUCCCACAAGACACUCGGAGAGGAUGUUCGCCUGCGUGGCUCCCCGUCUCGACAAUCUUCGCGGUCAUCUUUGGAUUCAGGCUCUCGCCGGCCAGUCGUAUCUCCUGGUAGGAGCGAGUCUCUUACCGGUCCGCCCACCAAUGCCUCCAUUGACUACAUGUACUUGAAGAAUGUUCUUCUCCAAUUUUUGGAACAGAGGGACAAGAACUAUCAGAAACAGCUGAUCCCUGUGUUAGGGAUGCUGCUCCAUUUCGAUCGAACCGAUGAGCAAAAGUGGAUGUCGGCCAUCAUGUCCAAAUAA